AUGGAGGAGUUCUGGCUGAUCUCGGCCCCAGGUGAGCCGACUCCCAAGAAGAUGUGGGAGCACAUCAGAGAGAAGACCAAGGAGCUCUCUGCCAGCCACAAGUUUGGUCUUCCUGAGAUGCAGAUGGCGCAGUACAUGGCAGACAUACUGGGAGACGAAGUCAAGGAGAGACUGGCUGAGAACCUGCUGGUCGGGCCUAACAAACUCCCCAUGGAGAAUUUCCUGACCAGGUUCACAUGGGACGGUGCCAAGUUCCCUCUCAGACAACCUCUCCUCAACAUUGUAGAGGGCCUGGUGUCACAGAUUGACGGAGACCUAAAGCAAAAGUCGCAGGCCUACAACCAGCUGAGGCAGAACCUUCAGGCCAUUGAGAGGAAGGAGACGGGGAACCUUAUGACUCGGUCACUAGUAGACGUCGUUCGCAAGGAACACUUUGUCCUCAACUCAGAAUACCUCAUAACACUUUUGGUGGUGGUUCCCAAAGUGAUGUACAAGGAGUGGUCUGCCGUGUACGAGAAACUGACGGACAUGAUAGUCCCGCGGUCUUCUGUCCUGGUCCACGAAGACGCCGAGUACGGACUCUACUCUGUGACCAUGUUCCACAAGUCUGGUAGUACACACCCAGGAGCAGUGCUAUGUUUCCUACAACACAGAUUUAUCGUGAGAGAUUUCACCUAUGACCCCAAGGCCAUAGCUCAGGAGAGGCACGAGAAGUCAAAACUUGAGAUGCAACUCAAAAAACAGUUUGGUCCACUGAUGAACUGGCUGAAGGUGAACUUCAGUCAGGCCUUCUCGGCGUGGAUCCAUCUGAAGGCUCUGAGAGUUUUCACUGAGUCAGUUCUCAGGUACAGUCUCCCAGUCAACUUCCAGGCUGUGGUCAUGAAACCCAACAAGAAGGCACAGAAGAAACUGACAGAGACACUCAACCAGCUCUACGGCCAUCUUGACUCCCGCUUCAUCGAGAGUGAGGCUGAGCAGAUAGACAUGCCGGGGUUGGCUGGACUGGGGCAGCAGGACUAUCACCCCUACGUAUUCUUCAAAGUCAACCUCAACUUGCUGGAAAAAUCAUCAUCAUGA